CUCCAUAUUCCUAUAUAUCUUUACGUAAACAAAAAACAAACACAAAACAAGAACCGCAAAUUGAAGACGAUGAGCUGCUGCAUUGAUAUUAUUCUUCGGUGCUGCUGCCACACCCUUAUUUCUAUGCUGAUCCUGUUCCUCUUCAUGGUUGGAUCAUCUAAUGGAGAAGAUAUUAAUAACAACCCUUUGUUUGAGUUUUCAAGCAGAGAUGAAGUAGUGCAAAUGAAUGGCUAUGGAGAGGAGAAGCUUUCCACUGUCCUCAUCACUGGCUCCCUUAAUUGUCAGCCCACUAUUCCAGAUCAAUACCAACCUCAUGCAUGGCCAAUACCAGGGGCUUCUGUGGCUGUGAACUGCCACAGCAAUGGGAGGAAGCGGAGAGGCAGAACGGCGGCGGUAGCAGUAGGCGUGACGGAUGAGUUUGGAGAUUUCAUGGUGGAGCUGCCUUCCUACUUGCACGCAAUUCCUAACUUGGAAAAGAUAUGCAGAGUGAAAAUAAAUGAGAUUCCAAAGGGAUCAAUGUGUGGUGUGAUGAACAAGAGACAGAAGAAGAAGAAGCAACUCAGCCUCACUUCCUUUGGGAAUGGCAUCCGUACCUACUCUGCCGGAGACAUUAGGCUCCAUCACGCACCAUUCAAACACAGCAAUUGAAGCCUUCGUUAUUACUUACUUAUAUUAUAAUCAUUCACAUUUAUUAUUUGCAUUGUUAUAUUAGUAACUAGUAAGCUAAGAGAGAGCACCCUAUAGGAUGGCGCUUUAGUCACAGUUAUUGGGUUGCAUUGCAUGUCUUUUACAAAACCCUCCCAUACAUGGUACAAAAAUGGCACCCUUCUUGUUGUUGUUGUAUUUGUAAAAUAUAUAUACGUGCCUGCCUCAUAUUUGAGAUUUUUGUUUUUUUUUUAAAAUAUUUUGGUCUUGAAGAAAA